UGCACGUGAGCAGGCGCGCUCAGGGAAAGGUUCGCGCAUGGCCACGGGCUUUCCACCCACCUUACACUGUCUAACAAUUUGCGUUUCAGUGGUUCAUUUCAAACCGUACAAAUGUAUGAAUGACACAAAACAUACAUUUUAUUAAUCUUGAUGAUGUGACAUUCAAAAACCACUUCAGCACACUGGACAGCGCUCGGCAGAAUGGAAACCAGAGAAGGCGACCCACCGAGGACCACUUUGCAGUGCACGCGACAAAUCGGCCAACAUUGACUUUGGACAGAGACAUGAACUUAUUGGAAACAUCGCUGGAGUUACUAAUCGUCGUAAUCGCCGUCGUGUCGCUCGCGGCGAACUUGCUGGUGUUGCUAUGCUUCACCUGCAGCGCGGAGGUCCGCGCACAGGUGCCUGGACUCUUCAUCAUCAACCUGUCUUUCUGCAACAUCCUCAUCGCCGUCCUCAACAUGCCCUCCACCCUGCUCGGGGUCGUGAAGCGUCAAAAGCCAUUUGGCGACUGCUUUUGUUAUACAGUAAGCUUUAUGGAUACUUUUCUGACCACGAACACAAUGUUGAGCAUGGCAGCUCUCAGUAUAGACCGCUGGAUAGCAGUGGUCUUUCCUUUUACUUAUUCCAGCAAAAUGAGACACAAAGAUGCCCUACUAAUGGUGAGCUAUUCUUGGCUGCACUCGCUCGCUUUCUCUCUCACUGCUUUCCUCCUGUCGUGGGUCGACUUUAACCCUGUUUACGCUUCAUGCACCGUACACCUGGCAGAGGAAGGGGUCCGAGGACAGUUCGUGGUGUUUACUGUUGUCUUCCACUCAUCUACUUUCGCACUCUCGCUUUUCAUCCUGUGCUUCACUUAUCUGAAAGUACUGAAAGUUGCGCGCUUCCAUUGCAAUAGGAUAGACGUUAUAACGGUGCAGACGCUCCUGCUGCUUGUCAACAUUCAACCGAGUGUGAAACAGCGGUGUUUACAUGAGCAAAAGAAAAGGAGACGGAGAGCCACCAAGAAAAUCUGCAUAUUCAUCGGGUCAUUCGUUAUGUGCUUCGCCCCCUACGUCAUUACACGGCUGACUGAGCUCCUUCUCUCUGUACAGAUCAACCAUUACUGGGGAAUCACGAGCAAGUGCCUGAUGUACAGUAAAGCUGCCUCUGACCCUUUUGUCUACUCCUUGUUGCGUAAACAAUAUAAAAAGGCCCUCGCUGGUGUGCGGAAUAGGAUUUUGGGACAGAACUCCUACCCACUCUCUGUUCAGAGCAGCCCAGCAAACACAGCAAAUGAAUAUUACACACAGAGGGUUACCAAGCUACUAAAGGAUAAUUAUUACAAUAAAAAAACAACGGACAUACUGGGAAAUGUGCAGUCAAUUAACAUUAAUGGCAAAAAUCCAGAUCUGUUUCAUAAAGUGGACAAGUAUUAAAAUCAAAUGAUGGCUUACAUAAUAAUACCAUCCAAUUAAUUUAUAUCUUUGUGAGGCCACAAGCCUGUGAAAAAUACUGCUCUUCAUGGAUAAAUAGUUAGAUUACAUUUUUGGGACUUUAACUUUUAAAAGGCCCAAAUACUCUUAAUAAAUAAAAACAACAGGUAAGCUUUCUUUCUGUAUGGAAUGUGACUCUUUACAUGAUAUCUUUUGUGCAACCAUUACAACUUGUGAAGUCUUUAAAAGUCUAUAAAAGUAUCUACAGUGUUUUUGAGGAUUGUCACAGAAGGUGAAGCAUUUGUCAGUCACUGGAUUGUCUUUUCUUAACCUCAGAACAAGAAGUUUUGCAAAUGUAUGCAAGAUAUAUGAAGUAAUGUAGCUAUAUAAAAGUAACAUAAUUAUAUAAACUUUGUUAUUGUACAAAACUG